GUGAUUUUGUCACACAUUUCACUCGGCUUUUAUCACACCGUCAUCGCUAAAACAGGUACAGCCAUGCUGACGUCUCCUUCUGCCAAUCAAAUCCUCGAAGAAUCGGUCGUGUUCGGCUCCGUGGGCUUCGUGCUCUUUUUCGGGAGGCUCUGGUCGAGAGCCAUCCUCAAACAGUCGUGGAAAAAACUCCAGAUCGAUGACUACACCAUGGUUCUUACCUUUUGUUGCUAUGUUGUAUUGCUGGUGUUGCUGAACUAUUCUUGCCAUUAUUCCACCAACGAAUAUCCACCUGAACAACUCGAGGGCAUCUUGAAUGAUCCUCGAGAAGUUCAAGACCGCAUAUACGGUAGCAAAAUAGUAGUGGGCCUGAACCAAGCGUAUCUCGUAACCCUCUGGGGUGUCAAGGCUUGUCUGCUGAUGCUAUACUACAACAUGACCAGAGAUACCGCGAACAACAUCUGGGUCAGGCUUGUGAUCUGUUACACGGUGUUCGGUCUUGUCGUUGUAGAGAUUUCCUGUCUCUUCGUUCUCUGUCGGCCUUUCUCGCAGUACUGGGCACUACCAGUCAAGAAUCCGCAAUGUGCAAACUACUUCUACUAUUGCAUCAUCCAAAUGGUCUUCAACGUCUCCUCCGAUUUCCUGAUGCUUCUGUUACCCCUGCCGUUUAUCAUCAAUGCUAGGGUGCCACUACUGAAGCGAUUUCUACUAGUUGGCAUCUUCAGUCUCGGCCUCUUUGUCAUUCUUGCCGCAAUACUCAACAAGUACUACAACUUUACCAUGCCAAACACGACCGUUUACAUGGUCUGGCACAUUCGAGAAUCCAGCAUCAGCAUCUAUGUUUCCAACGUCAUGUGCUGGUGGCCUUUACUUCGCAAGAUAUUCGGUUGGAAACGAUUUCUACAAAGAGGCAGUAACAUUGGAAUUUUCGGUGAGCCGAGUGGUAACAGGGGGUCGGCAACUUUCGAUACUGACAACACACCUUUGCGCGACCUAAUUACCACGACUCCACCGCCAUAUGCGUUCAGCAAGGAGAUGGAUGGAAGGGUCGACAUAGAGACUGGUGAGACAUACAUUUAUGACGGCGCUCAUCAUGUGUCUUAGCG